UGGCAGCCAUUUUAUGCAUGUGGUGACUUUAAUACUUUGUUCAAAUAAUUCCACCUUAAAUCGCUUUUUAUUCAUUAUUUCAAGACAAAAUGGGACGAAAAAAGAAGAAGUCUAUGAAGCCAUGGUGUUGGUACUGUAACAGAGAUUUUGAUGAUGAAAAAAUCUUAAUCCAACACCAAAAAGCAAAGCAUUUCAAAUGCAUGAUCUGUCAUAAAAAGUUAUAUACAGGACCAGGAUUGGCGAUUCACUGUAUGCAAGUUCACAAAGAGAAUGUACCAAGUAUACCUAACUCAUUACCCAAUAGAGGAGACCCAGAAGUAGAAAUCUAUGGAAUGGAAGGCAUUCCGGACAAAGAUGUGAAAGAAAGACAGCAACAAAGGCAAGGCAAAGAAGAUACAGAUGUUUCAGAUGAGCCAGCUGCGAAGAAGGCAAAAGAGGACACACCCAUGCAGAUGCCGAUGAUGGGGGCAGUCCCUGGUAUGAUGCCGAUGAUGCCAAUGAUGGGUGUUCCUGGUAUGCCGAUGCCUCCCGGCUUCCCUCCUCCAAUGGGAAUGCAAAUGAUGCCUGGACAACCUGUACGUGGAAUGCAACCAAUGCCAGGCAUGCCUGGACCACCAGCACCCAGACCAGGAAUGAGCAUGACUGCGCCAGCAGCAACAUCAAUGACAGUAAGUGGCAGCGCUCAGCCUCAACUGGCCCCUGGUGUUGUAGGGUCACAGGUACCUACUAGCAAACCUCUCUUCCCAUCAGCACAGAAUGUAAAUGGAUCGGCAGAAACAUCGAAGGCAACUGGACCUGUAGGUGCUGACUUCAAACCUUUAUCCAGUAAUUCAUCUUCCUAUUCUAGUGGUCCUACAGUAUCUGGAGCUUCAGGUAAACAAGUUGUUCCACCACCAACAUCUGCUCCCAUGGUGUCUAAACCAGCAAUAAUUGUGGCACCUGGUGCAACUAGUAAACUUAUUCAUCCAGAUGAGGAUAUAUCACUUGAAGAAAAGAGGGCAUCAUUACCCAAGUAUGCUUCAAAAACACAAAGUUUACCUACUGCAAAUAUCCCCACAAUGGCCGUUAAUCCUUUAGUGGGAAUGGCAGGGCCUCCUGGGACUGGACUUCCCACCAUGCAGCAAAACCACCAACCUCUAAUGAAUGUCCAAGUCUCUGUACCAUCUGGAUACCAACCAAAUGCCCGACCCCUCCUUGGCAAUCACCCACCUGGCUUUCCCCCCCAGCGACCAGGAGGACCCCAGACUGGACUUUUUAACAUGCCACCCAGACCUGGGGGACCUGGUCUCCUACCACAGCCCCCAGGACCCCCAUUAAGUGGUACCCAAAAUCCUGGGCUGAGAAUGCUGCAUCAAGGAGUUGGGUUUCCUGGCGGUGCGUUCAUGCAACAAAUAGACGGGCCCCGACCUCGUUAAACUUAAGUAACUAGGCAUUUUUUACAUUUCAUACUUGUUAUCAUCUUACAUAUGAUUUCACACACUUCAACUUUGAAAAUGGGAUAUUGGUGUUAAGCAUUCUCUAGUUCUAAGCAUAGAAUCUUCUCCUAAGCAAUACAGCUUAUAGCAUGCUUAUUUGAUUACACAGUCCCUGAAGAUUCACAAUAUGAAUUGGAAAAACAUUAUGCCCAAGUCUAUUGCCCUUUGCGGGGUUGCAGAAGGCAUUGCGUCAUGGGGUAGUCAGGGGCACUUUAAUACUUUUAAUUCAGGUUUUGCACCAUCACAUGAUUGCAGGCAGCCAUGACAAGCAAGAACAGUUGAAUCUGGUCUAAUCUGAUUUACCUAAGAAAGAAUUCCGUUUCCAAGGGGGAAAAUACCAUUGUUGUGCCUCCUCUCAUGGCUGCCAUCACGUGAUUGUGCAAAGCCUCUAUUGGGGUUUGAAAAAUGAUAUGAAACCUUAGUCGUUGUGUCAAUUUUCAAAUUUCUUUCAUUUUUCUUGUUGCAUAAAAUGUUAAUUGACUGAUGAAGCGUCUCUCAAAACAACCCCAUAAUGCAAUGCAAUACAACUUCGGAAAGCUCCAAAUAGACCUUUAUUUUUGAGGAAUCCGCUUGCAUUUGAAUAAAGAGGUAUAUUAGAAGAUUUCUGCUAAGCACCAAUAUCCUGUUGCAUUAAUUCAAGGUAAGUGAUGUACACAUGAUUAGAGCAAGUUUUUUGUGAAUGGGAAGCCUAUAUUACAAUAGGAUCUAAAAAAUGUUUUAUCGUUGCAUCCAUUAUUCCAAUAUUUGGGAGUAUAGAAAAAUACGGUUUCAUUUGGAGCCAGUAUCAUGAUAGCCAAAAAAUUCAAAGAACUGUGGGUGGAUCAAAACCAAACAACUUCAAUGAGUAAUGAAGCAACAAGUUAUACUGAAUCAAAGACUUGCGAUAUUCAUUGAUCUGUCCUUGACUCAGAGUCCAAUCAUUGUUAGGCUGCGUUCAUAAUGUAUGGCAGAGGG